AACAUGAAGCAUUUAACAGUAGCUGUCUUUGAGAACAUUCAUCUAUGACCUGAAAUGUCCUGAUCCUGGGGAAAAAAUGAGAUUCCAUUAACUAAGUCUAUAAUUUUUUAAAUGCAUUUUUAUGACUAAUCGUAUUUGCUUAUGCACAACACGGAUACAGAAUUCGUAAACCAGAGAUUAUUUUAACACGUACUCCCAUUUGCGUUUGUGCGUUCAGUCUACAAGAUACAUCAUUUAAAUCAAAUUUUAAAUAAUCUUUUAAAUUAUCUGUAUUUUUUGCUAAAUGAAGACUUGGCAAGAAAAAUUUCUCGUCCAUGGACACAAGUGAAGCAGGUUCCCCCAGAAUGGAUGGUACUUUUGUGUUGGAUAAAAUCAAUAAUUUAAAAGUAGAGCAAGAGGAAGACGGCAUUAACUGUACUCUGGAAGGAAUGGAUAUAAAGACAGAAGCAGAUGAUUUCAAACAUGCGGACAGCAGUGACGAGCAGGAAGACAAAGAAAAGAACUUCAUUUCCAACAACCCUGGCAAAUACUUAUCUACAGAAAAUGAAGAUGAUUAUGGAUCUCUUUUUACUCAGUAUAGUAGUACGCUCUAUGAUGUAGCAAUGGAAGCUGUGACACAAAGCCUUCUUUCUAGCAGAAACAUAAGCUCCAGAAAAAAGUCGCCUGCUUGGAACCAUUUUUUUAUAUCUCCUAGAGAUAGUACUAAAGCAAUAUGUAUGUACUGUAUGAAAGAAUUCAGCAGGGGUAAAAAUGAAAAGGACCUGAGUACCAGCUGCCUCAUGAGGCAUGUGAGGAGAGCCCAUCCCACUGUACUCAUUCAAGAAAACGGAAGCAUGCCAGGUAUAUCCUCCUUUUCCUCACCUACAUUGUUACUGCCACCUCAGCCUGCAGAUGUUGGAGAUCUGAGUUCUAUGUUAUCCCCUAUAAAGCUAGUGAAGAAAAUGGCUUCUAAAAUACCAUCUCCAGAUCGAAUACUUGAGGAAUCUGUUUCUAUUGUUUCUUCUGAAGAAAUACCAGAUCUCUCGGUUUCUGAAAAGUGCAGCAAAGAAGAAGUCAUGGUUGGGUCAUCUCCACAGCAACCCAACAACCAGUAUGAUGACACUGUGGAGAAUGUAGCAGAAAAAACUGUUGUAAUUCCAAAGAGCACAUCAGGUUCCAGAAGGAGAUCUGCUGUCUGGAAACACUUUUAUCUGUCGCCUUUAGAUAAUUCUAAAGCUGUUUGCAUCCACUGCAUGAAUGAGUUCAGUAGGGGAAAAAAUGGAAAAGACCUGGGAACGAGUUGUUUGAUAAGACACAUGUGGAGAGCCCAUCGUUCCAUUGUCCUGCAAGAGAACGGGGGUGGUACCAGCAUACCACCUCUCUACACUGCACCUCCAACUCUGUUGCCUUCUUUACUACCCUCAGAUAGUGAUCUGAAUUCCAUGUCAUCCUCUCCUGGAAAACUAAUGAAAGAGUCAACUUCUGUUUCUUCUUCUCCAGAGAGAAUCUCUGAGGAGAUCCAUACCAAUCUCUCUUCUGGAGAUGCUCUAGUGGAAGACUCAAUGUUAUCAUCUUCUGAUGAUAUAGGUGAAGUCUCCUUUGUUUCAUCUCCCGAGAAACAGUGUGAGGGAUUAGGCCCGCUAAUAUUUGAACCUACUGCUGUAUUUCAGCAAAAUAAAAGGAUUAUGAAAAGACUUAAAUCGGAAGUUUGGCACCACUUCUCACUGUCACCUGCAGACAGUCUAAAAGCAGUAUGUAGAUACUGCAGUUGUAUGAUAAGUCGCGGUAAGAAGGGAGACGUGGGCACAAGCUGCUUGAUGAGGCAUCUAUAUAGACGCCACCCCGAUGUAAUUGGAAACCAAAAGAGCUUUCUUGAUGUGAGUUUGGCAAAUUCUCCUUAUGCCACUUUGGCUUCUGCGGAAUGUUCAUCCUCAAAGUUGACUGACUUGCCUACAAUGGUUACACACGAUAAUCAAAUUAUAUUUCCUGUUAAUAGUAAGAAGACCUCAAAGCUGUGGAAUCACUUUUCAAUUUGUUCUGCAGAUUCAACUAAAGUGAUAUGUAUGCACUGUGGACGUACAAUAAGUAGGGGGAAAAAGCCAACGAAUCUAGGCACGAGUUGCCUUCUAAGACAUUUGCAGCGAUUUCAUAACAACGUGUUGAAAACUGAUGUCUCGGAGACAGUGUUAUCCUCAUCUACGGAUAAUCGCAUGCCACUGAGCACAGAAUUACUAGGAUCUUCAAAUUUUGAUGAAACCAAUGACAAGUUUUGUGACUCUCACCCAGUUGCCAAAAAAAUCACAAGUCUUGUAGCCGAAAUGAUUGCACUUGACCUUCAGCCAUAUUCUUUUGUAGACAACGUUGGCUUUAACAGGCUGCUUGAAUAUUUGCAACCUCAGUAUUCUCUACCUUCUCCGUCUUACUUUUCUAGGACAGCAAUUCCAGAUAUGUAUGAUAAUGUAAAACAGAUAAUUACUUCACAUCUUAAAGAAGCUGAAAGUGGAGUGAUCCAUUUUACAUCCGGAAUAUGGAUGAGCAACCAAACACGAGAAUAUCUAACUCUGACAGCUCAUUGGGUAACGUUCGAGUCUUCAUUUCGACCCCAGUGUGAGGAUUAUCAUUGUUCAGCACUGUUAAAUGUGUCACAGAUUGAUUGUGACUACAAUGGAAUCAGCAUCCAAAAGCAGUUAGAGUACUGGUGGGAAACGUGGAUUACUUCCAUUGGCCUUCAGAUUGGGAUUACUGUUACUGAUAAUCAAAGUAUAGAGAAAACCUUAAAUGAAGGUGACCAUUCAAGUGUACAAUGUUUUAGUCACACUGUCAAUGUCAUUGUAAACGAGGCUAUUAAAAGCCAGAGGAUGGUUCAGAAUUUGCUUAGUAUCGCCAGAAAGAUCUGUGAACGCGUCCAUCGGUCAGCAAAAGCAAAAGAGAAGUUAGCCGAGUUGCAAAAAGAGUAUAAGUUGCCUCAGCACCAGCUAAUACAAGAUGUUCCGUCAAAGUGGAACACGUCAUUUCACAUGCUUGAACGUCUGAUCGAACAGAAAAGAGCCAUCGAUGAAAUGUCAAUAGAGUGCAGCUUCCGGGAGCUGAUAAGCUGCGAUCAGUGGGAAGUCAUGCAGUCAGUGUGUCAUGCUCUCAAACCUUUCGAAGCUGCAAGUAGAGAGAUGAGUACGCACAUGUCUACUCUAAGCCAAGUGAUUCCAAUGAUCCACAUACUUAACAGGAAAAUAGAAAUGCUCUUUGAGGAAACAAUGGGCAUAGAUACUAUGCUGAAAUCUUUGAAAGAAGCUAUGGUGAGUAGGUUGUCCUCCACGCUUCAUGAUCCAAGGUACAUUUUUGCUACGCUCCUGGAUCCCCGGUAUAAAACAUCCUUAUUUACAGAAGAGGAGGCUGAACAAUAUAAACAAGACUUAAUCAGGGAGCUGGAAAUAAUGAGUUCUACCUCAGAUGAUGAUAAACCUGUUUCCAAUGGAUGUGAUAUAGGUUCACCAUCUACAAAUUCCUAUGGGGAAGAUAAUCUUUGGUCACUCAUGGGUGACAUGAAGAAAACAAAAGACCUGAAAGAGAGAGCAAAGUUACCAGAGGAAAUGGUGCUUUCUUACUUGGAGGAAGAAGUGCUUGAGCAUAACUGUGAUCCUCUAACUUACUGGAACUUUAAGAAGUCAUCUUGGCCAGUACUGUCAAAACUGGCUGUCAGGUUCUUGGGUUGUCCACCAAGCAUUGUUCCUUCAGAGAGGUUGUUCAGUACAUCCAAUGAGAGCAACAACUUUAGUCAGUCAAGGUUACUGAUUGAACACUUUGAAAAGCUUAUCUUUUUGAAAGUGAAUCUUCCUUUAAUAUACUUCCAGUAUUGAAACUAAUGAACAAACUGCUAGACUAAAUCUGUUGUUGCUCACUGGAUAUUAACUAUCUAUAACUCGUAUUUUUAAAUUGCUCCAAGAGGGGCCAUGUAUGACAUCUAAUCAGUGACUAUAAUUCCAAAUUUUAGUUUCAUUUUUUCAGCUUUCAAUAUGUCUACAUGUGCCUUAUUCAUAGUACUUCAGGCCAGAUAUUGUAUAUAUGUUUUUUAAAAGUUCACACUAGAGAUAGCCUGUCUUGUCAAAUUAUACAAAAUUAUGUAGGUUUUAAUCCAUAAUUGUAAAUGACCUUUAAAAAAGCUCAGUCCUUUGUUUUAAUAGAAUGGC